ACGUCAUCACUACAAGAAAAGAUCGCUUAUAAUUCAACCUAUAGUGAGGGAUAAAUAGAUUGUGAGUCUGACGAGAAAGGCUGAUAUGUGCCACAGAAGAAUGGCAAUUUAGUGUGGGUGCAUCAGGACAUAUUUAGGUCACUUUGUAAUAUCGAUGUAAAAGUUUAGUCCAUCGAUUUCAUUGUUAACACCAAAUCUCAUCUUUUUGAGUCUAAUAAGAAACUGUGAAAUCCGAUUUUUCAUUGUUCUUAACCUUUGAAAGUUCCAUACAUGUAAAAGUGUCAACAACAAUGAAACAAUUCUCUGUAAUAGCAGCAUUUUUUGCAGUCGUCAGUAGGUUGUCAAGUGGGCAAAGAAUUGAUGGUGAUAUUGGGUGGAACGUACCACAGAUGGAUGGUUCGGUAAAGUGGAUGGAGCAUAAAGAAUUCGAGGAAACUUAUGCCACGGUUCAUGAAAUCAAACCCAAUACUGUUGAAUUCUAUCUUUACACCAAUUCAAAUCCUUUACACGGCAAGAAAAUUAACAGGACAUCAAUAUCCAUAAAGGACUCGCCCUUCCGACUUAAUCAAGGCACUUAUUUUGUAAUACACGGAUGGAAAGGUAGUUACACCGAUGAUAUGAGCAUCGAAAUCACCAAGGCCUUGUUGUCUCAAUCAGACUGCAAUGUGAUUGUCAUCGAUUGGGUCCGUGGCCGAGAUGAAUAUAUACCUGCGGUUUUGGCCUUCCCUGUCGCUGGUUACACGGUUGGGAGGAUGAUCAAGUUUCUGUCAGAAAAUCAAUUUACGAUAUUGACCAAAGUGUCUAUUAGUGGUCUCGGUCUGGGCGCCCAUGUAUCUGGUUUUGCUGGCAGGACUGUUGGCUAUGGCAAAGUCCAAAGUAUAGUUGGUCUGGAUCCUGCUGGUCCCUUUUUCAACAAUGAUUUUCGUGACCACCGCCUAACUAUGUACGAUGCCUACUAUGUUGAGACCAUUCAGACCAACGGGGACCAUUAUGGAUUGUUACAACCCCUCGGAAAAGCUACCUUUUAUGUGAAUGGUGGCAAGGUUCAGCCCGGAUGCGGUGACAAUCAUCUCUGUUCCCAUAUGCGGUCUUGGAUGUACUAUGUAGAAGCUAUUAAAUUGAAUAACUUUGGCACCUACAGUUGCCCCGACUAUCAGGCAUUUAUCAACAAUAAAUGUCCGUCAAUUUUCACAAGGAUACGCAUGGGAAACAUUGCACGAAAUGCAUACUUAGCUGAAGGUCUUUAUUAUGUGCCUGUUAAGGAGAAGUCACCUCAUGGUUAUCCUCCACCACAUUAAAAUAAUAUCUAUUUUUCUUUUUUAACGUCUGCUCCUAGUUAUGAUCAAGCCAAAGACAACUUCAGAAAGGGUUCCUAAUCACAGAAAGAGGCAUGUCCGAGAUACGUUUAGAUGAAAAGUAAACAUGUAUGACAAUUUACUUCCACUCAAAAUAACAAUUCACCACAAAAGUUUACUUGCGUGCAAGAUAAGAGAUUGUGGAAUGUAUUUGUUAAAUAAAAUAAAUUCAUGAUUAAUUGAAAAAUUUA